CAUGUUGGUCUUUCCCCGGUGGUUCCGAUCCGAAGCAGAAACGCAAUGGGAAGGUCGACGUUUGAUGCGGUCGUCUCCGUGUUCGUUACGGUGCACCCGCACGAGACCUCUGUUCUGCUCCAUUCCUUCUUCUGCUUCUUCUUUAUUUUGAGUGCGUAUUUCGUAGUUCUUCCUUUGCGGGACGAAGGUGCCAUCUCUUUGGGGUUAUCAAAUCUUCCUGGUCUAUUUGUAGGGUCUCUGGUGCUCACCCUCGUUGCUGCGCCCUUUUCGUCUCUCAUAUUCUCUCUCCCUAACGUCACCAAAGGCAAGGCUUUGGUUUUGAUACACAGGUUCUUUAGUGUAUCCCUCAUACUGUUCUUUAUUCUAUGGCACUCCUCAUCAGCUGGAUAUCCAACAUCCAAUAUGACAGGCUCCAUGAUGUUGUCCUAUCCCUCCAAGGAAGAAGGGAAAAUUGGUGACCAAGGCAGUCUUACAUCUUCAUUUGGUUGGAAUAACCAUGGAUGGUUCUAUAUUUCUGUUCGAAUAGGAUUGUUUCUUUGGGUUGCUUUGCUUAAUCUAAUUACAAUUUCUUCAACAUGGGCAAGGGUAAUUGAUGUGAUGGACAGUGAGUCAGGUUCAAGACUAUUUGGUUUUAUUGGUGCUGGUGCCACUCUUGGACAAUUUUUUGGGUCACUAUUUGCCAUUGGAAUGGCUUUUGUUGGGCCAUUCUUGCUUUUGUUUGCUGCUUUGUUGAUGGAAUUUGCAGCACAGACAUCAAGAGGGAUAACUCGUGGUACAUCUCAUGUUGAAGAACCGAUGUCUCGCAUUAGAGAAUCUGAUUCCAACCCUGAAAAUGAUGCUGAUGUGAUUGAGAAGACUGAAAAUGCUCUAAGAGAUUCUUCAAAGUCAUCUACUUCAGUGAAUCAUCAAAUAUGGUCCAUAUUUGAAGGACUCUGGCUUAUAUUAUCAUCAACUUACCUGUUGCAUGUAUCAUUGUUCAUCUGGCUGAGUGCAGUUGUCUCUUCACUCUUCUACUUUCAGAAAGUGAGUGUAAUUGCCACCACAGUGACUAGCUCUCUUGGCAGAAGAAAAUUGUUUGCGCAGAUAAAUAGCUUCAUUGCAGUUUUUAUUCUUGUUGGACAACUGUCCUUAACGGGACGCAUUCUAACUUCUGCUGGGAUUACCACAGCUAUAUGCUCAGCACCUUUUGUUGGUCUCUUAAAUUUAGUCGCUCUAGCUGUUUGGCCAGACUGGGCGGCGGUUGCUAUUUGUGAGACGCUAAGAAAGGUUGUUACAUAUGUUGUGACAAGGCCAGGAAGAGAACUUUUAUUUACUGUUGUUUCAGAGGAUGAGAAGUAUAAAGCGAAACCAAAUGUUGUCGAGGCAACACUUGACUUACAACAUGCUGAUGCAGGUAUGCAUAGAUGUGUUGGUUCAAAGACUUGGAGAUGCUGCUGCAGCUGGAAUGUACAAAAUGCUUUUUGGUACUCUCAACGGAAAGCCAUCAACGGUUUCCCUUUAUGGUCUUCCCGUUUGUUUGUUGUGGUUAGUGACAGCAUUCUCUUUGGGCCGUCGGCAAGUGCAACUUUCAAAGCACCAGAUUUGCUCUUCUUUAUAGAAUUUAAGAAUGGCUGUACUAUAAAUUGUAAUUAUAAUAAAUACUGAGCAUCGAGAAAGUCAAGCCUAUUAGAUAAAGG